UCCGAGUCCUACCCGUAUGGGUAUUUUCCAACAGGUCGUCCUUCAACACUCAGUUUGUGGGCUGUUGUUUACUACUCGAAUUUGUCCGAGAGUUCAAUUGCUGGGCAGAAGAGUUCCCUCCUUUAUUCGCCGAUCUGUUCUACCGUCUUUGUUUCAAGAAAAGUGGUGCCCCACUUCAGCGUCGCCGUUGAUUGAGCAAAAGUUCGUCGUUUGCUACUCGCUGCAACUAUCGCGCUUCCUGAAUCCUGAGACGAAACCUCUGUUUUAUUUGAAGAGACGAAGCCUCUGUUUUUUCAUUUUUCAUUUACCAAAAAAUUCGGUUGAGGGUGGAUUUUCAUAUAAGGGUAGUUUUGUCAUUUAACAAAACCCUAAUGCUUGUGUUGAUAUAACGCUCAACUGCUAGGGCUGCUUUGUUCUUCUCGUUUCUCACUGGUUUCUCAAGAGGCGACGGAGAAAGGAGUGAGUUUGAGCCUGUGAAAACCCUGCAGCCGUGGUGGGUUCUUCGUGUGUUUUAACUCAUCCUUAUUUAAUUUCUAGGUUUAUAGCCUAUUCGACGUCUCCACAGAACGACUUCUCGUAUUGAUGAUUUCUUUCUUGAAUUCGAAGAUUGUUCUUUGUUUGAAUAUACAAUUUCUCUUGAAAAAAUUUUACUGGUGAACGUUUCCAAGGACUAAGAAGACGUAGUAGAGCAAAGAGUGCAGGAAGCACACUGUACAAGAGGGGGAAGGAUAGUUUGUCUGCAUAGGGGAAGCGUCGCUAUGAUUGUAAACAGUCAGGUUAUGGUGGGCAAACCAAACUUGUCUUCCAUAAGAAGAGCAUACAGUCCAAAGUGGUAAUAUUUCAGAUUACCGUUCGAACUCAUCUUGUGGUAUUUAUCUCUCAUUGCAGCAUCAUAUUACGUAUUUGAGGCUACAUAGAAAACAAGAUGGAGCAUGAUUUGCUUGAGUACCAGGGAUGCCACCCAACCUUGCUAGAUCGCCUUCAAGCAGAAGCAGAUGAAGUCAAAGCCUUGAUGGGGGAAAACAGUUGGGGCAACGUCAUACGCUUGUCUAGAGUCACUCUUAAUUGGCCAUUGUUGAAAGCUGCCUUCCAAUGCUGGGACUGUGAGAAAUUGGUGUUUUGCUUCGGAGAUAACCAUAUGUGCCCUACCCUUGAAGAGAUUGCCUACAUGUUGCAAAUGCAAUUAGAAGAUGAAAUUCUUUUUCCCGUUGCCAAGCAGGGGUACCGCACUGAGCUAGCUAAUUAUCUGCGAUGCAAGAGGACUCACCUUGAAAUGAUUAAUGAAAAUGCGGUCUCCAUAGAGUUCUUGGUGAAACGAAGUGCGACCACCUUACAACAUGACAAUCCUACCAAAGAAACUGAAGGAAAGAACCAUGCACUUGUUCUGGCCAUUGUGGGGCAUUUACUAUUCCCCCAAGAUCGAGACUCAAUCAACCUCCGAUUGAUUACUCCACUUCGACAGCUAGAAGAGCUCAAGCAAAACCCAAGAAACUUGACUCGAGUCGCUCUAGUACCCAUGGUUUUGGCUGAGAUAUUACGUAGUCUGACUGCAGUAAAAGCUUCUGGUACUUGGCCAUUUCAAGGAUCCCUACAACUUCUCCAGCUUUGGUUGAUCCAGCAUUUGCCCUUCCUAGUGAUUACUAAUAUCGAUAGUACACCUCUUUCUCCCGGGCCGACAGACAAAAUUGUUGAGGUCCUCACCCACUCACAACCUGCCUAUCUCACACCUGAAGACUACCAUCGAAGGCUCCAAAUGGUUCGAGAAGAAGAAAUCCAAUGGAAGAUAGGAAUAUCUAUCCAGAAUGGUUGCACACAACCCCGCUUGGCAGCAGAAGGCAGGCAAAGCAUGGUUUUGGCAGGUCUAUAUGGUUCUAUUCAAUACAUCCCACUCCUAGUGCUAAGGCAGUUUGGUUAUAAGCAGAUAGUCCCCACCUACGACGCCAUUUCUGGAGAAGCCAUCAACUUUGAAAAACAUUGUGGUACCGUGGAACGUCGCUUCAAGGGACUUUGGGCAUCAAGCAAGAGAGAAUUAGCCAUUUCCCCAGCCACUCCAUUGUGCUCUUGUGAACCAUUUUAUUACCAAUGGUUGCAAAAUUCAGGUAUCUCACCUCCUUCAGUACCACCACCUGGUAUACCUACACCCGUUAAGCCUCCAUCACCACCAGUUAUACGUAUACCUACACCCGUUAAGCCUCCAUCUGAAGAUCCUGCACGUAUUAAGCCUCCAUCUGAAGGUACUAUAUCAAAAGAAUCCCUUAAACCUGUUAAGCCUCCAUCUGAAGGUACUAUAUCAAAAGAAUCUCUUAAACCCAUUAAGCCUCCAUCCGAAGGUACCAUAUCAAAAGAAUCCCUUAAACCCGUUAAGCCUCCAUCUGAAGAUACUAAAUCAAAAGAAUCUCUCAAACGCCCGUUGGAAGAACCAUUUCUGCAAGCUAUUCUUGGUCUUCACAAGCAAAUCAAGAAGAUUAAAAAGCAGGAGACGCCGAGUGCACGAGAAAAAUGUUUGCAAGAAGAAUUGGUGCGAGCACAGACUGAUCUAGAGGAAGUAGAGAUGGCCCUGAAACAGGCCAAAGAAAAGCUAGAUAGAGUUCUCCGAGAGAAGAAUGAAGCUAACUUACGCGCCCAACAGCUUCAGAAGGAAGCAGUUGGAGUCUUCAAGCGCAUGCAAGUCCAUGCCACCAGAGAUGUAAUUGCAACAGCAUGGAUGAGUAGGCGAAUUGCCAAGUUAGAAGACGCACUUCGGCAGCAUGGCAUUGAGAUCCCACCCCCUCUUCCCUGUCCACUUGAACUGUGAUGAUUAAUAGAAUGUUUUGAUAACCACUGUUCUAAAUAGAUCUUCAA